AUAAUGGCGGCAUGCUUGUAGUGCCAGUGCAGAUACGAUUGUAUUUUCUUCCCCAGCUACGGAGGUGCCAGCAUGCCUAAAGCGAAGGAAAAGUCUUACACGCGCAAGAAAGCGUCAUUGCAAACAAAGGCAAUAUUUCGGGAUUUCGGAUAUCAAGCCGGCAGCCAGCCGUCAACGUCUGAAGGAAUCGGGAACUUCGAACAAUGCAGUAGUGCGUGUGGUACACUACGCGCAUGCAGUAACGCAUGCUGUGCCAGUGAGUGUGCGAGCAUUUGCGUGCCUGGGGCUGACGAAAACACUGUGGCUACAUCAGCAGCUACUCAGGCGGAUUGCUGCAGCUCGGCGCCCCCUGAGGGCAGUUCGCCUUGCGUCACCGAAAGUGACUCAUUGGACACAUCGCCCACAAAAUGUUCACUCUGUUCGUCCAGGGGAGCAUCGCACACUGAACCCGACGGCUCGCCAAUGCAACUCAGUGAUGUGCCUUCUCCUGUAAGCGGAGUCCCGGAGGUACCUGUUUGUUCAUCUUCCACUGAUGCAUUGUCUAAGCACAAAAAUUUUGUUGUGUCACUGCGCAGUUGGGCCAUCAAAGAAAAUGUUACUCAUACAGCUUUGUCCGCUAUUCUAAAAAUUCUCAAGGUCAGUACUUUCGAUUCUUCAUCUCUGCCUAGCGACGCUCAUACUCUUCUCGCUACGCCUAGAGAUACACAGCGUGCACCUGUUGUCAGUUCAAUGGUACCGGGACAUUACUGCCACUUUGGGCUACAGAAAAGCCUCGAGAAUGCUUUGUCAAAAGCACGUUAUGAAGGCAGUCAUGUUUCUCUUGCCUUUAACAUUGACAGGCUGCCAAUUUCCAAAAGCUCCACCAUGCAGUUGUGGCCCAUACAGUGCAUGAUCCGUGAAGAUCGAAGAAUACCACCCUUUGUAGUUGGAAUUUUCGCAGGCCCAGGAAAGCCUGCUUCAGCCAAUGAGUUUCUCAACAAACUUUUCAGUGACCUGCAACAGCUUCUUUCCCAAGGAAUGAUUUUUCAUGGGCACCUAAUUGAUGUUUCUUUGAAGUGUUUUGUUUUGGAUGCCCCAGCACGAUCAUUUGUGUUUCAGAUUAAAGGACAUACAGGUUAUUCUGGGUGUCCUAAGUGCACAGCUGAGGGUACAUACAGAAACAGUCGACUCAGCUUCUCUACUACGUCAUCCACUUUGCAUACGGAUGAUUCUUCAUAUAUACGGAUGAUUCUUCUGAUGUCAUAA